AUGCCAUACAGGAAGCGCGUGCCAGAGUUCCAGGCCGUCAUCAUGGCCGGCUACGGAAACGGACUGAUCCCAUUGAGCGACGAGAAGAACAACAUGCCAAAGGCACUUUUGCCCAUCGUCAACCAACCCAUGAUCUCAUACCCUCUCGCCUGGUUGGAGUCCUCCGGCGUCUCUGAUGUUAUUGUUGUCAGCUUGGCGUCGGGAUCAAAAAAGUUGGGACAUUAUCUGGAUAGAGUCUACGAAGGACAGCUUCACAUCAGCAUGGAGAUCGUAGAUGAUAACUGUGGAACUGCCCAGGCUUUGGCCCGGAUCAAGGACAAGAUCAAGACCGACUUUAUUGUGAUCAGCUGUGACCUGUUGACGAGUCUGCCACCUCACCAGUUCUUGGAUAUGCACCGUUCAGAAGACCCCACAGUGACCGCCCUGUUCUUUGAGCCCAGCAAGAGCGAAGGUGGACCCACAGGAUCUAGCAAGGAGACUGAGGUGACGCAGUUUGUGGGAAUUGACGCGUCAAACUCGCAAUUGGUCUACUUGAACAACUCGGAAGAGAUGGACACGGAAGAGUUCUCAGUAAGGGUGUCAUUGUUGAGCAAGCACCCUGUCAUGAACAUCACCCGACUCUUGCAGGACGGACAUUUGUACAUUUUCAAGCGCUGGGUGAUUGACUUGAUCAACGAGGUCUCGAUCAAGCGUUCGCGCGCCAGUUUGAAGGAGCAUGUCUUGCCUCUUCUUGUUAAGAGUCAGCACCAGCGUGUCCUUGCUGACCGUGAGGGUGUCACCAAAGCUGCGGAAUCGUUGACGGCAAAUCCUAGCACUCAGGCAUUGGCGUUGAGUUUGUCGACGACACAGGCACCCGAGAUUGAGGACCAGUCUGAGAAUGCACAAUGGAAGAGCCCUGUCAAGUGCAAGGCCUUUGUCGUCGCCAAGGAUGUCUACUGCGGACGCGCCAACAGCAUCUCCAACUACUUUGAGCUCAACCGCUACUACACAAAGAUUACGGAUAAGGACAGGAACCCAGGAGGACAGGGCCAAGUCGGUGCCGACUCACUCGUAGGAGAUGACACCAAACUGGGUGACCGCACAUCCGUCAAGAAGUCGACCCUGGGUUCACAUGUGACGAUUGGCAAGAACGUCAAGAUUGUCAACUCGAUUGUGAUGGACCAUGUGGUCCUGGAGGACAACGUGAAGCUGGAUGGGUGUAUCGUUUGCUCGGGGGCCAAGAUCUGUGAAAAGUCGUCGUUGAAGGAUUGUGAAGUUGGAGGUGGGUUCCGGGUUGAGAAGGAGACGCAGGCUAGAAAUGAGAGGCUUGUUGAUUUCCAGGAGCAGUAA